AUGAUACUCACGAAGGUGGAGGGCCCUAAUGCGGCUGGCAACAAGGUUUACGUCUUUGGUGUGAACGACUAUCGCCUUGAGGUACCAGAGUGCUACAAUGUUCAACACUUUGUUGGGCGUGGCGCCUACGGCUUUGUGUGCAGCGCUGUGGACACGGUGACGAAUGAGCCAGUGGCGAUCAAGAAGGUGACGCACCUCUUCGACGAUGCCGUCGAUGCAAAGCGCGUCCUGCGAGAGGUGAAGCUGUUAGCCUAUCUCAAUCACCCGAACAUCCUCUCCCUCAAGGACCUCUUCAAGUCACCGGACCCGGUCGACACGUACAGCGAGCUCUACGUUGUGACCGACUUGAUGGAGUCGGACAUGGACGCCGUCCUGCGUUCCCCACGGAUCCGUCUCGCCGCCGGGCACGGACAGUACUUCACCCUUCAGUUGCUGUGCGCACUGCAAUAUAUUCACAGUGCGCAUGUGCUGCACCGAGACCUGAAGCCGGGAAACCUGCUGACAGACUCGGAGUGCAACCUUAAGCUGGGCGACUUUGGCCUCGCGCGCGGUAUCGGGCAUGACGACACCAUGACACAGUACGUGUUCACGCGGUGGUACCGGCCACCAGAGUUGCUGCUGGUGUGCAAGCACUGCAGCUACAGCGCUGACAUGUGGGCUGUGGGAUGCCUUGCGGCGGAGAUGUUCACCGGCAAGCCGCUCUUCCCUGGCAAGGACUACAUCAACCAGAUCAACCUCAUAGUGGAGUUAUUAGGCAUACCGGACCUUGCACGUGACCUACCGCCGAGCACGUCAAAGGAGGCGGUACACUACCUCUCCUCCCUGCCCCCUAGCAAGGGGAAGAAGCUCGAGGAGUACGCACCGGAGCUGCGGCAUCGCUUUGACGAGACCACCUUUUACGACAGCUUCGACACGGAGUUAGAGGAGGCGAUCGCUGCGGAUGGCGCCACCAUCGCCCGCCCUAAGCCACGCCCGCCGGAGGAGUACUACGCCGAGUUCGUCGACUUCAUCUUUGGACUGCUUCGUUACAACCCCGUGAAGCGGCGCACGGCGAAAGAGUCCAUAGCGCAUGCGUGGCUGUCGGACGUGCGCGGUCCACAGGAGACCAUUGGCGGCUGCGAGGCGGAGCGAAUAUACCGUUGGGAUGCCGACGGCACCGCUUUCACCAUCCCGCAACUUCGCCAACUGUUCAUAGAUGAGAUCGAAAAGUUUGCGUCAACCCGGCGCAACUGA